UUUAUGUCCAGUCGCGGUCAACACCUGCGGCCGCAACAUGCUCACUCGCGUCGCGACGCCGGCCGCACUCGUGCUGCUCUGCGCAGUCGCCGCCGCGGCGGCGGCGGCAGCAGCCGUCCCCUCCAAGGACUCGAACCCGGAGCUCGCCGCCUGCAGGGCCGGCGACGAGGAGGCGUGCGCCCGCGCCGCAGCGCACGCGUUCUCAGAGGUGCUCGGCUUCCGCCAGGUGGGGGCUGCCGAGGAGUCUGGCCGCGGGGUGACCGGCUGGCUGCGGUCGCACGAGCUGCACACCGACCUGCUGGGCACGCGGCUCGUCGUCUCGGCGAGGAACCUCGAUGAGGGCCGCCUCGACCUCAGCCUCAGCCUCGACGACGAUGACGACGACGCCGACGACGACAGCGACGACGCCAACACCGAGGAGGAAGGCCGCAGCAAGAUCAACAAGAUCAAGAAGAAGAUCAAGAAGAAGCUGAAGAAGGGCAAGCUGCGCAAGCUGCUGGUGCCGAUCGCGAUCCUGGUGCUGGUCAAGGCGCUGACGGUGGCGCCGCUGCUGCUCGGCGUGCUCGGCCUCAAGGCGUGGAACGCGCUCCAGCUGGGCUUCGGCUCGUUCGUGCUGUCGCUGGGGCUCGCCGUGUGGCAGCUCUGCCAGAAGCUGUCCUCCGACCAGCCGGUCGCCCCCGCCAUCACGGUCGCCGCCGCCCCCGUCGCCGCCCCCGCCUCCCACGGCUGGGACGCGCGCUCGCUCGCCUACCGCGCCUACCAACCCACCAGGCGCUGACCGCCCCCUUCUCAACUCAUCCUCUCUCUCUCUGACAGCGAAUCAUCCAGCACCCGUCAUCUCCCCUCCAAACUUCCUCCAUCCACCAUGCACAUCACUGAGACUGGUUAGAGUAACGCAUUCACAAUCUCAAGGGGCCCAGUUGCUCCUGAGAACAAUCCCUUCUCAGGAUUGGGCGAUCACAGAGUCUUAGAAUUGGAUGAUCACAGAGCUUCAGGAUUAGCCAAUCACGGACUCUCAGGAUUGUAUGAUCCCAGGACUAAAUACGAACACAGCUUUGACACUGUCAUAUUCGACUCACUGUUCACACUGGAAUGUAUAGUUGCUCCUGAGAGAUAAGACCGUUCUUUAAACUGGGCAAUCACAGGGUCUGAGAAAUGGGUGAUCACAGGACUGAAUACGCGCGCUACUUUGACACUGCCGUAUCUCAUUCUCUCAUUCACGUCGUUAGCUCAGAGCCUCAUGAAAUCUUCUUUAUCUCUCACAUCAGUAUACUCGUUGCCGACCAACAACAUGUCAGGAAGUUGCUGGAUUCCCAUUUCCAAGAACCCCGAAAUGCCACGUCUUGCUGACUGUACUCAGCUGAGGGCAAUAGAAGAAGCCAUGCGAUCAGCUUAUGGAGAAUAUCGAUGUACUCACAUCUAGCUCCAAUCAGUCUCAUUUUUCAUCAUUUAACAAACCAAAGAUGUUAUUUCAGCAUAAUAAUUAACUGAGCCACACAGUAUUCAUUUGCCCCUCUUCCGAAAACAGGGGGAUUUCUAAGACGAAGACGGCGUUCUACACCUCUCAGUCGUUGCAGGUUGUAGAUUUUACUUGUUUCACAACAUGCCUAUUCUGUCGGCUGGUAGAACUUCGUGCCACGUACGAUUAUAAUCUCCAGUCUAUCGCGCAACUAUAACUACCUCUAUUUAGUGCUCAAUAAAAACCUGCAAAAUUAGUAACAUCUUUUUCCCUUGGGAAAAACCAAAACUAAAUUUGGUACUUUAUUCUCAUAAGUAAUUCCCUGUGUUCCUUAAGAGCAGCCUUCAUAUUUAUUUUCAAAAACUUAUUCGCACCAUAUUGCACAUUUCCUUGUUAUCCCUUCCACAUUUCCCAUUUAUCGAAGUCUCAGAGUGGGGAAACAUCCUUUCUAGUGCCAAAGCACGAUUAAUUUAUUGUUAUCGCAGUAUACGUUUUGUUUGUAACUGUUGCCACGAGAAGAAAAUCGGAAGAAAUUUGUACGCUUUUAUAAAUAAUUGAAUAAAGAAUGUUUU